AUGCAGGGCCAGUCCAACCGGGCGCCGAAGAGCUUCGCCGGCAAAGCCCAGGAGAGAGACGGCAGCAAGGCCGCCGGCCGACACGGAUCUGCGGAUUCCGCUGGCAAGGAUUUCCACGCCAUCGGCUCUCUUGGGCAGCUGGGUUUCGGCGGCGGCCAGCAGGACUCCGACAUGGCCGCCUGGGCGAGCUACCCUAUCGAGGACUAUUGCCUCGAGUUCUUGUCCGAAUUCUCCGCCCCCAAUCCGAGCUCCUUGUCGGCAACGGUCCCGGCGGACAGAUACAUCUCCUACGGCGAAGCGGCUCUACCUGGGGAGAACGGCGGCGGAGCGAGAGGAAGCGGCCCGUUCUUUUCGCCGGCGGAGGAAUCUCUGCCUCUGUUCCCGAGGAUCAGAUCGAAGGACUCGGAGUUUUCUCCCCACCAGCUACCAGGUGGAGAUCUACAGGUCGGGCGGACGCAGAGACAUGAACAGGCGCCUGCCAAGGUAGCGCAGCCAAUCUGCGGCCCGGGUCUUGCGAACUUCUCCCACUUCUUGAGACCAUCUGCGUCCCUUGCUAAGGCGGGGGCGGCGGAUCUCCCGAGCUUUGACGUGAGAGCUGGCGAGAACGCGUCCACUGCCGCGAGCAGCAAUCCAUUGGAGUCCACGCUGAUCGAUCCCGCCAGCUGUUCGAGGAGCUUCUCGCAGUUCCAUGGGGAGUCGGCGCCGGGUUCCAUGGCCUGGGCGGAUUUGGAUGCGGCGUCGGCCGAGCAGUCGGGCGGCAAUGGACAGGAAGAUAAUUCCAGAUUCCAGAACCAGAUCGCUUCCGCGAGCAAUCCGAGGCUGUUGGCGGAAAGUCCAACCUGCAAGAGUUCGAGCUUCACCGGUGGCGCCGCCGCGGACAAGCGCCCCGAGCCUGUCGUCGCAUCGCCUUCCGUGUGCUCCGCCAGCGGCGCCGGCGCCGCGCCGAACGACGCCCAGGGCAAAGGGAAGAGGAAGAACCAAGACGGCGAGGAUUCGGAGUGCCACAGCGAGGUGAGUACAGUUGACUUUCUUCAAAUCCUGGAGAAGAAGAAGAAGAAGAAGAAGAAGGAAAGCUUCCUUCUUUUCCUGUGACCCAAGUUCUUCAUUUCUGCGUCGGGUUAUCGACAGGAUCUUGAAGAUGACUCGGCCGAAGCGAAGAAGCCUUCUCCGGGAGCCAAGCGCAGCCGAGCCGCGGAGGUCCACAACCUGUCCGAGAGGGUAAGUUCUCCGUCCAUCGCUGCAGCCUUCUCUGGAUUGCUUAUAUAUGAAUUCAUCUCUCUGAGGAUUUCCAACUUCGUGAAUGCGCAGAGACGGAGAGACAGGAUCAACGAGAAGAUGCGGGCGUUGCAGGAACUCAUUCCCAACUGCAACAAGGUAUGGUAAUGGGAUCUUACCCCAUUUCCUUUCAAAUUUCUCGUGUUUACCUUGCGGCGUAGAGAGACAGAGUCAAGGAUAGGCGGCUCUCUCCUCCUUCGCCUUCUUCUUUUUCUGAAGUGGGACUGCUGUUCUUCUUUAAGGUAGACAAGGCCUCGGUGCUCGACGAGGCCAUCGAGUACUUAAAGACCCUCCAGAUGCAGCUGCAGGUACGACUAGAACUCCCCCCUCGCCGACACAUCACAGCUGAUUUAACCUGCUCCGUUUAUGGGAUCUUCUUUGACAGCACCUGCUUUUUCUCCUCUCUCUCUCUCUCUCCUCUGAGCAGGUUAUGUCCAUGGGCGGCGGGUUCUACAUGCCUCCGAUGAUGGUGCCCGCCGGAAUCCGAGCGCCACACAUUGGCCCCUUCUCGCCCAUGGGGGUCGGCAUGGGUAUGGGCAUGGGUAUGGGCAUGGGGAUGGGCAUGGGCAUGGGCAUGGGCUUCGGCAUGGGGAUGGUCGACGCCAACGGCUCCCCUCUGGUGCCCACCCCCCCGCCGUCGCAGUACCCUUGCGCCGCCGUCCCCACGACGGUGGGCCUGCGCGGAAUGCCCGGCGCCGGAAACCUCCAGUUCUUUGGUGCUCCUCCCAUGGCGAUCCCCCGGCCCCACGCCUUCAUCCCCAUGCCCGCAGGUCUGCCCGUGAAGGUGAACUCGCCGGCGGAGAUCGCGCCGGCGAAGGUGGCGGAGCCGGGUCCUCGGAGAGCGAAGGAUCAGCCGCAGCAGCAGGCCCCUGGCAGCGCAACCGUCGACGACGUCCCCAUGCAGGUAGGUGUCGACGUCCCUCGACCGGGAAUUCUCCGAGAACCCUAAUUUCCGCUUGUCCUGGGUCAUCUCCGAGUUUCCUCGUGCUAUCAUCCUCAGUUGUAACCGGCUCUCGCAGGCGAACAGGAGACCCUGUGGCGAGGCCCUCGGCGGCGGAGAGGACGCUUCCUCGUCCGCCAUGGCGGGUGAGCUCCUGAUCGAGGCGCGGGGACUUUUCCUCCUCUGAAUUAUCUUCUGGAUUCGCUCGAGUGUUGACGGAAGGGCGGCGGGCCUUUCUUUUCUUGUAGGCUUGCGGCGGUCAGGUUGUUGAGAUGGCGGGUCCUUCGCGCAGAUGGAGAGAAGCUGAGGGGGCGGCAGGCUCCAUUGAAGCCCCACCGCUGAGCUUCUGCGGUGGAUUUUUGGGAGGCGAAGAAGGGAGCUCCGGGCUGUGCUUCGCUGUACAGGUGGAUGAGAUCUGCGGCGUGGAAUGAAGGGGCGAGGAACUGCACGAAUGAAGGGGUGUAGGAUUUUGAAGGAUGGUAAAAGGCUCCUUUUUGGUGAACAGCGCUCCUUCUAGAUCUCCGUAAUCAGUUUUUUGUUGUUUCUUCUUCAUUGGGUCGAAGGGUGUGCUCCUCUUGACUCUCUCUCUCUCUCUCUCUCUCUCUCUCUCUCUCUCUCUCUGUUUGCGUAACAGGGGUUCCACUGACUGACCUACGAGGGCAAAGAGGAAGAGGUCAUGGCUUUGGCGUGUUCGGGACAUAGACCAUGGUUGCUCUUUCUAACCCAUUAGCGAGCGACGUAGCGAGAGAAAGAGAGAGAGAGAGAGAGAGAGAGAGAGAGAGAGAGAGAGAGAGAGAUGUUCCUUUUCUCCUUUUCCACUUCAUCCUUCGGCCGCCAAAUAUAUUGGAGAUUUUCUUCUGCAUCGCAAGAGUCACUGAAAAUAACAAAAAGGAAUCAGUAAGAAAAGGGCGAAACGGAAACUCUCGAAGGCCGAUGAAGCUAGAAGAAGGGCAAGAACCUUUCAGUUGA